CACCGAACCGGAGCUCGGACCGGACAACCCGGGGCUCACCGCGCCGAACCGCAGCUCGCACCGGCCAAGCGGGGCUCGGCACAGAACUCCCAGCGAUCCCCCCCGGGCCUUCAGCCGCUUGCCCCCGAUCCCCCAUUGCCCCGUGCCCGUGAUGCCGGUAACGGCGUGACCCGCAGCCUUGUCGCGGCGGGGCGGCCCCCGCGCCCCCGGGGCCAUGUUCCAGGGUUUCCCCGGGGACUACGACUCGGGGUCGCGCUGCAGUUCGUCGCCCUCGGCCGAGUCGCAGUACCUUUCGCCGCUCGACUCCUUCGGGAGCCCCGCGGCCGCCGGGGCCGCGCAGGAGUGCAGCGCCCUGGGGGACAUGCCCGGCUCCUUCGUGCCCACGGUGACGGCCAUCACCACCAGCCAGGACCUGCAGUGGCUGGUGCAGCCCACGCUCAUCUCCUCGGUGGCCCCGGGGGCUCCCAUGGCUCAGCCGCCCCCCCUGGACCCCUACGACCUCCCCGGCCCCAGUUACUCGACCCCCGGCCUGGGCGCCUUCGCGGGACCCCCGGCCCCGACCCCCGCCCGGGCGUCCCGAGCGCGCCCCCGGCGCAGCCGCGAGGAAACGGUGAGAGGGGACAGCGGGGUGGUGGCACUCUGGGGACGUGGGGACAUCGGGAGUAGAGGGGAGGUGAGGGACAGCACGGGUGGUGGCACCUCGGGGACACCGUGA